GAGAAAAAAAAAAAAAACAAGAAAUGCAGACGGUGUAAAUAAGUAGAAAAUGUGGACAUGAAUAGUGUGUGUAAAUAUAAUCUCAUGUUUUGGUUGUGAAAGGUGGGGGAAAACAAUUUAAAACGGAUUUCGAGUUCUUCAUUUUGACGGUGUCGUUACUUCCGUCUACAACGGCCGCAGCGGGAGGCAAAGCGCCAAACUCGAAGCUCCCCGUUUCCAACCUAAAACCUCCUUUCAGAGCGUUAAAGCACCAGGGCCUCUUCGACCUUUGUUAUUGUAAUAUGAAACAGACAUGACGGAUUUACUCUUUAACAAGACCUUAUGCGUGCAUGUGAAGUGCAAAGACUCCGACGACAGACGAACAGUUAUUCGAGUCGGUAUUGAACUCCAUUUAACUUCGAGUCCCAUCCAUAGGAGGGAUUUGGUCGUGAGGUUGACUGAUGAUGCUGAUCUAUUUUUUCUCUACAACCUUGUCAUAUCAGAGGAAGAUUUUCAAAGUUUAAAGGUCCAGCAGGGCCUGUUGAUAGACUUCACCUCAUUUCCUCAAAAAUUCAUAGACUUGUUAGACCAGUGUAUCUCUGAGCAGGACAAAGAAAAUCCAAGAUUCUUGCUGCAGCUUUCCACCUCCUCCUCUGUGCUGGACCACAGCCCUGCUAAUCUUAAUAUAGUGGAGACCAAUGCAUUCAAGCACCUGACGCAUCUGUCUCUGAAACUCCUUCCUGGUUCAGAUGUGGAAGUAAAGAAAUAUUUGGCCACGUGUUUAGCUACAGUAAAGGAGGAAAAGGAGCAGCUACAACAAAGAUUGAGGAAGACUGAAGAGGAUCUGUCUAGGCAGCUGAGCUACGCACAACAGACCUUAUCAGAAAAAAGCCGGGAACUAGACAGAUUGCGGUCAGAAUGGACCUCGCAAACAACAUCUCUUUCCAGCAAACACACGCUAGAUCUCACAACAGAGCGGGAAAAGGCUCUUGAGGUCCAGACCAGACUACAGCAGCAGAACGAACAGUUGCGGCGCGAGCUGGAGACAGCCCACCAGAGGAGCACCCAGCAGCUCCAGGCCAGACUCUCCGAGCUGGAAGCCUCCAACAGGGAGCUGACAGAGAAGAAAUACAAGAGCGAUUCUACCAUUAGAGAUCUGAGGGCCAAACUGCUUGGCCUGGAGGAGGAAUCGCAGAGGGCCAAGCAACAGGUGGUGUCACUUCGUCGGGAGAACGGCACGCUGGACUCGGAGUGUCACGAGAAAGAGCGGCUCCUCAACCAGCUGCAGACUCGCGUGGCUGUGCUCGAGCAGGAGAUCCAAGGCAAGGAGCAGCUCGUCCUCCGCACGAAGGAGGUCCUCGACGCCACCCAACAGCAGAAGAACUCGGUUGAAGAAACUGCUGAAAAUAAACAACUUCAGAUUGUCAAGUUGGAGUCCACAGUAAAAUCCUUAUCUGAGGAGCUUAUCAAGGCGAACGGCAUCAUCAAGAAGCUCCAGGGCGACCUCAAGGCCCUGGUGGGGAAGAUCAAGGUGAAGAAUACGGUAACGGUGUCUCAGGAGAAGCUCCUGCAGGACACAACGGAGCAGCUGCAGAAAGAGCAGCGAGAUCUGCAGGACACCCAGCACAGACUACGCCUCAAAGAGGAGGAGGUGUCAAAAUUAAAGGAGCAGUUGGAGGCCACUGUCCAGAAACUGGAUGAGAGCAGGGAUGUACUGAAGACCAAUGAAAAUGUCAUAACGUGGCUGAAUAAGCAGCUGAACGAGAACCAGUUGUCCAGGAAACAGGAGGCUGUGGCCAUGUUUGAAACACCACCAGCUGCAACAGGCGCGAGGCUUGGAUCAGCCUCCCACAAUAUGCUCGAUAGCAAAAGCUUCCCCUCCCUGGGCCUGCCGUACCCUGUAACCUCCACGUUAAACUCUAAGCACUCCUUCCCUCUCUCGUGUGUGAGCACAGGACCACGCCCAGUCAUCCAAAAUCCCAACCCAGGAGCAAAGGUGCAGUUUAACCCUAUGAGUGCCAAAUCCGGCGGCGGGGCAGUGGGUGUGGCGAGCGGCAGCCCCCCUGCGCAGCAGCAGCAGUUCUCCAAUAAAGAGAACGCGGAACCCCUCGGGCUGGAUUCAAAAUACUUCGAGAGACGAGAUGACAGCAUUCCCCUGCGCGGUCUCGUGCCCAGCGUGCAUCUAAACAAAGACAUCCCCAGGCCCUCUCUUAACGUGGCACUUCAGUCAGGCCCUUCAGCUUAUUUCCCAGCAUGACACACAACAACGCGUUUGCUUUUCUGAAGAUGUUUUGCCAUCGGCCGAAUCGCCCCGGUUGGCAAAAGGCAGGAGAUGUUUCUACGCAGUCACAUUCACGUCACUCUUUGCCCUUAUGUGUCCUCAAGUACUUUAUGCUUUUUGAGUAUUAUUUAUUAAAACAAUUUUUAACCAUUAAUUUGCAGAGGAGUUUUUACAAACAGGAUAGUUGAAAGUUUUGACGGACCAAUUUUAGACGGAAAAAACUUAGGGGGACAAAGCCUCACUUGUAUAGUGCAACAUUGACUUUGCCAUAUAAAUGGUGCACGGUGUCGAAAUGAAUGCCUGUGGCUGAAGUGGUGGAGAGAACUGUCCAAAUUAACAUAUGAACUUUUAGUCAUAGGUUUGAUUACAUACGCAGGCCAUAUCCAGACAGGAGAGAGUGCAUUCCUGCUGAGAGGAGUUUUAAAAACAAGUCACUUAUUUCUUCAGUAAUGGUGCGAGGCCCUGCUUGUUUAACUACAUAACAGGGCAGAGUGGAGGGAUUUGCUUUGUAAAGUUGUACAUAAGUUCCACAUGAGGAACAGCUUGAUCACUGUGAAUUUAUGACCUUAAUAAACCUUUUUUUUUUUCUUAAGACCAUA